AUGCGCAUCUACUGUGCCUCAUUCGAACCUCCGUUAGAUCGGCGCGCACAAGAGUAUCUAUCUGAAUCGGUCUCUGCAUCUGUAUCUGGAGCCUCAGACGACGAGGGUUACCAAACGCCUGAGGAGCCACUAAUUGAGGAAGAGGAGGAUGAGACCCCAUUCGAACAGGAGCGCCAGGGCGUGCAGCCAUAUGAUGAUCUGAUUCCGGGUCCAUCUCAAAUUUCCGUGCUCGCGGCGCACCGGCCAUUUUUGCUACCUGUAACCAGUUCCCGCAGACCUACCCUUAGAGGAGAAGAAGAGCCUGCAGAAUCCUAUCUAGGUGCUUUUGCUCGCACGGCUGCUGUUGUCCAGACAUUUGCCAAUGCAGAGGCCGCUGUACAAGGCGCAUUGGCCCGGAGAACUUCUCAGCUCAGUAUCUCGCAGACUACCACUGGAGGCCGUAAACGGGAGAAGGUGCUUUCGGGGCAUAGCACGUAUGGGCAGACGCUGUUCAACGCCAUUGCCAUCUUACUCGGCAUUGGCAUGCUGUCAGAACCUCUGGCAUUUGCAUAUGCCGGAUGGAUCGAUGGCACGGUGAUCAUUAUAUUCUAUGGUAUAAUCACCUGUUACACAGGGAAGAUACUAGCGCAUCUUAUCUUAGACGAUCCUCGUUUGAAGUCAUAUUCUGAUAUUGGCAAGAAAGCCUUUGGACCGCGUUCAGGUCCUUGGAUCAGUGCCCUGUUUUGCCUGGAGCUUUUCACCGUCAGUGGAGCUUUGGUCACUCUCUACGCAGACUCUCUUUAUGCUGUGUUACCUGCGUGUUCUUCCGACACCUACAAGCUAGUUGGCUUAUUUGUUCUCACACCGACCAUGCUACUUCCUUUGUCUCUGCUAUCAUACACGUCGAUUCUCGGAAUACUGUCAACCAUACUUAUCAUUGCUGUCAUUCUGAUCGACGGUCUCUCAAAGCGCGACAGUCCAGGCAGUAUUUGGAGUCCUGCGGAGACCACCCUUGGAGUCCGCAGCGUUGGACAACUUGGUCUCUCGUACGGGCUCUUCAUGGCCGGAUUCUCCGGUCACGCAGUCAUUCCCUCUCUGGUCAGAGAUAUGGUGGAUCCCACCCAGUUUGACUCAAUGAUCACUCACGCUUUCACUGUCGCCACUACUGUGUACGCGGUGAUUGGUGUUGCUGGAUAUAUCAUGUUCGGCAACGAAGUCAGCGACGAAUUUAGCCAAGAUCUAGCAAAAUACACUGUGUACCCUAAUUUGAACAAGAUCGCUCUAUGGAGUCUUGUCCUGGCUCCUUUGUCAAAGUUUGCCGUUGCUGCCCGGCCGCUGAACCUCACGCUGGAAAUGAUGUUGGGUAUCGAGAUUGGACCAGUCUCGGUCAAUGACCAUGGCACAAAGCCUAUACAGCAAGACGCGGAAUCUGCGGUAAGGCCGCACAGGCCGCAACGCACAGUGACCUGGGUUUAUACUUUUGUUGAGCGCACACUCUUCACGAUAUGUUCCGUGACAGUAUCAAUAUGCGUGCCCGAGUUCAGCUCCACGAUGGCGUUCCUGGGCGCGUUCUCAUCGUUUCUACUUUGCGUCAUCGGGCCAGUCUCUGCAAAGGUUGCGCUGGCUAGACAUUGCACGAGCGGUUUGAUCAUGGCCACAUGGGGGACGAUAGCGGCAUUCUGGUCGAUGCAAUGA